GGGCGUCCGAACUGGAACCUGGCGGGUGAAGAGCCUGUAGUCGAGUGUGGUGUGGCGCGGUAAUUGCGUAGAAAUUUGUGGAGUUUCUGUUUCCACGCUUUCUGCUCAACAUGUGCGAUGCGGUAUAUAUUUUUCAAUGUUCGCAUGAAUCGCUCUACCCAGCUCAGCGUUCGCUCGAGGCCACAAGGGUGUAAUGCGGCGAUGCUUGAACCCGAGAUAUGCUGCAAAUUUACUGAAGUCAGACUGGACAAUUUGCGGAACGCCAAAUUGUGAGAAUAUGGCAUCCAGUUUUGGAAUGACAGUCUUGACGAAAGUCGAAGUUACAAUUUCGACCACAAGAUAGCGGCUGUAAACAUCUCGUACAACAAGAAGGUAUUCACCUGAAGAUCAACAGCAACGAUGACAUCGACUUGGAUUCUUUCUGUGCUUGUGCUCAGCAUUGUUUGCCAAUUAUGUUCCUGUCACCCUAUCAGCGAGGGACCUACCCUUGAUGGAUUCGUAUUUCCUUCAGCACCAUGCAUCCCCGAGGCCUUGGGGAUGGAAGACGGAAGUAUCCCUGAUAGCAGCCUCACGGCUUCGUCCGUCUAUAGUAGCUAUCGCCCAAGCACCGCUCGACUUAAUGUAGGAAGCUAUGGAUGGAAACCAAGCACUCCAGCAGAUCAGUGGAUCCAGGUCGACCUGGGUAAACCCACGGUGGUUACCGGGCUCACCAUGCAAGGACGCAACACAGGAACCACUUAUUAUGUCAGGGCAUUUUCAGUCCAGCACAGCCUCACAGCCGAGUCGGAUGACUGGCAGAGUUUAGCCAAUGCCGACGGUGGAGCAAUCAGAUUCACCUUGAGCAGUGGUCGGCCGACGAAUGUCACCUUUCCUGUGGUACCCUUUACAAGGUUUGUUCGCAUACUACCACUGGCCUGGGAAGAUUCCUAUUACUACGUGAGGUUUGAGGUAUUCGGAUGCCAAGUCCCUGAUGGUCAUGUGAGGUUGGUGAAUGGCACUGACGAUUGGAGUGGCCGAGUGGAAAUCUACCGUCACGAAACAGGAACCUGGGGAGUGGUGUGUGGUAAUGACUGGGGGAUAAACGACGCCAACACGGUGUGCCGUCAGCUGGACCUCGGUUUUGCAAGCAAGGUCAUGACAGCCUCAGAAUUUGGGGGAGGCGACCUGCCGAUCAUGAUGAAUCGAGUCGCCUGUGAGGGGACGGAGAGCCGACUGGUCGACUGCCCGUUUAUCUGCAACAACUACCAGCAGUGUGAAAGCUCAAACGUUGCCGGAGUAGUUUGCAACCUAAAAAAUACUGUUAGGUUGGAGGGAGGACCCAAUUACUUCAGUGGCCGGGUGGAGAUCUUCCAAGACUUCACGUGGGGAACGAUCUGCGACCGUGACUGGGACAUCACGGAUGCCGGGGUGGUCUGCCGACAACUCGGCUACAUCGGUGCCGAGGAGGCCAAUUCCGGUGCGCACUACGGGGAAGGAAGUGGCCCGGUGCACAUGAAGGGCGUGGCCUGUACCGGCUCGGAGGGGGGACUCGUUGACUGCCCAUCUCACUGCUGGACAGCAACCACCUGCAGCCACAGCCAAGAUGCCGGGGUCAUCUGCAUUGUCGAAUCUAGUGGUUUUGAAGAAACCAACAGUGAGUGACGAGACUAUUGACAACCAGCUUCAUGCAGUUCCUGUGAUAGCCCUGCUUAAAGGCUACAUUUACCUGUAUUAUGGCAUACGCUUGGUAUGAAUGUUACUCCGUUGUGUAUUAAAAUGUAUCAAUUAAUUCGUAGUGUAAUUAAUUUCUUCUUGUGCCAUUUCAAUUAAUGUUGAUGUCUAGUAACUUUAAAUGAGCUACUCAAACGACUCCCAUUCACCAAAUUUCAGGCUGACCUAAUAGGGUUUAAAGAAGGGAAAACAGAGAAAAACGAAAUUCACUCAAUACAAUGACAUUUACUUUUUAUUUCCUUUAUUGAGGACGGAUUUGGGUUCUUUUUGUUAAGCCCCUGGCACACUUUUGCGUAUCCUAAUUCCUUAUGAGUUCCUUAUCAAAAAUUUUCAAUACGCAGCCGUAC